AUGGAGAUUAGGCUUGUCGCCUGCGAGCGUAUGUCAGGGACACAACGCUCGAAAAAGACUCCAUUGAGUUUGUGCUUCGUGAAGCAGCCUGUCUGCAAUGGAGAUGAGGCUUGUCGCCUGCGAGCGCUUGUCGCCUGCGAGCGUAUGUCAGGGACAAAAUGCUCGAAAAAGACUCCAUUGAGUUUGUGCUUCGUGAAGCAGCUUGUCUGCAAUGGAGAUGAGGCUUGUCGCCUGCGAGCGCUUGUCGCCUGCGAGCGUAUGUCAGGGACACAAUGCUCGAAAAAGACUCCAUUGAGUUUGUGCUUCGUGAAGCAGCUUGUCUGCAAUGAAGAUGAGGCUUGUCGCCUGCGAGCGUAUGUCAGGGACACAAUGCUCGAAAAAGACUCCAUUGAGUUCGUGCUUCACGAAGCAGCUUGUCUGCAAUGGAGAUCAGGCUUGUCGCCUGCGAGCAUAUGUCAGGGACACAAUGCUCGAAAAAGACUCCAUUGA